CCCCAAUCUCUCUUCAUACUGCCCACCAUGGACCACGCCAUCGAUCUCUCGGACCCGCAAAAGGCCCUCUCGCUGGCUCACAUCCGCUACCAACUCAUCCGCUGCGAAGACACUGUCCUCUUCCACAUGAUCGAACGAGCUCAAUUCCCCCUCAACAACACCAUAUACCGUCCUGGUGCCAUUGCAAUCCCUGGCAGCGACCUUUCCUUCAGCGACUGGGUCCUGCGCGAACAAGAACGCCUCCAAUCUCGAAUAAGACGCUACCAAUCCCCAGACGAAUACCCCUUCUUUCCCGACGCCAUGGAAGACCUCAUCCUCCCUCCUCUCGAAUACCCCAAAAUCCUAUGGGAGAACGAUGUCAAUGUCAACGAUGAUCUCAAGUCCCGCUACAUCAACUCCAUACUCCCGGGCGUCUGCCCGACACGCGAACGAGAAGAGAAUAGUCGCGAUGCACAAGAGAAUUACGGAUCUGCCGCUACAGCGGAUGUGAAUUGCUUGCAAUCGUUGAGUCGGAGAAUACAUUUUGGGAAAUUCGUGGCCGAGAGCAAAUUCCGCGAGAACCCGGAGAAGUUUGUGAAAUUGAUCAAAGCGGGGGAUACCAAAGGCAUUGAUGAAGCCAUUACGAAUGCUGCAGUGGAAGCGCAGGUAUUGAAGAGGUUGAGGAUCAAGGCGGAAAUGUAUGGAAAUGAUCCAACGUUGGAUGCGGAAGCUCCGAAGAAGAUUCCAGUCGAUGCUGUGGUGGCCAUGUACAAAGAUCAUGUCAUCCCACUUACGAAAGUUGUAGAAGUGGACUACCUGAUGCAAAGACUGAAGGGCAGUGAGUGGGAGUAAGGUAAGUAAGGUAAGUAAAAUACCAUGAUACUUGCUAGCGAUGAUCAAUUAUUGCAGCGUUCAAGCGCACCUGCAGCAUGCACAAUACCCGUCAGGUUCCAAUUUAGACGCAUCUUUUAUCAUCAUGAUGGGUAUAAUCACAUAUCACAUUAUGCCUCCUCUUCUCCACCUGCACCCUUUACGGGAUGAUCAAACCUCCCUAUUCGUUUCGUCUUGAUAUAUCAGAAUCACCCGUCGGACCAGCUAUAGAAAAGAAAAAAAGAAAAGGGCCGUAAUCCGUCUCUAAAUGUCCUCGGCCCUAGAUACCUACC